CGAGACCUCUGUCUGUCAGCUCAAGAAGGAGUUACUUUCCCUACCACUACAACGGAUCGGUUGGUGGUGUAUAGGAAUGAAACUAGUGGACUGUUGCUGUGUGGGGGAAGAAUUCAGCAUUUUAGAGAAGACUAUUCGGCUGUCCCACUGCUGCCUUUUGAUACUUGGCUAGGGACGCUACUAGCACGUCAAAGUCAUCAGCAGGGACAUGAGGGGGUCGCUGGGACACUGCUUAGGAUGCGGCGGAAGGCUUGGGUUGUUCAAGGGAGAAGGUUGGCCCAAAAGGUCGUCAACCAGUGUGUCCUUUGCAGGAAAGUAAGAGCUCGAAUGUGCCAGCAAGUGAUGGGUGAUCUUCCAGUAGAGAGGUCAAGACCUGCCGCUCCUUUCCAGUUUACGACUAUUGAUUUGUUUGGCCCGUACCUGGUGAAAGAUGAUGUGAAAAGAAGAGUGUCCAUGAAGGUCUGGGGGGUUAUCUUCUGCUGCAUGGCAAGCCGUGCUUUAUAUGUAGAUCUGGCCAGCAGUUUGUCUACAGAGAGCUUCUUAAUGACCUAUCAAAGAUUCACAGCCAUCAGGGGCCAUCCCCUUAAGGUCUGGUCAGAUCCUGGGACCAAUUUUAUUGGUGCAAGAGCCUUGCUGGUGGAUCUGUAUGCCUUCUUGCAGAGCCAAGAUACAUUGAGCUUGGAGGAGUACGCUGUAAAGAAUGUGACAAGCUGGAUCUGGAGAGUGCUCCCUGCUGACUCGCCACAUCGAAAUGGGGCUGCUGAAGCGGCUGUAAGAAUUACCAAGAGAGCUCUUCAAGGACUGGGCAAGUCAGCAAAUCUUACCUUCAAUGAGUUCCUUACGGCCCUCCAUUUGGCGGCAAACCUGGCUAAUGAGAGGCCUAUCGAUGCAAGAGUCCAAAGUCGAGAGGGUCGCAUUCAGUAUGUAACACCAAAUACGCUUCUCCUAGGUCGAGCAUCCCACAGUGGGGACUCCAGGUCCUUCAAUUUUAACGACUACCCCUACAAGCGGCUCAGGGAGAUCCAGAGCCAAGUUAGUGACUUUUGGAAAGCAUGGUGUCAGCUUGCUGGGCCAAACCUCUUCAUUAGAGCUAAAUGGCAUACCACAGAGAGAAAUGUUGCUGUAGGGGAUGUCGUGUGGCUUUGUGAUCAAAACUCCCUGCGAGGACAAUUUAGACUUGGCCGAGUCGUCUCUGUGGCACCAGAUUCAAAGGGCAUCGUGAGAGAUGUUGAAAUUCUUGUUGUGCCUGGGGGCUGUGUGUUGGUCCAGCCUCAGAAGCCUGAAAUCCAGCACUUAGCCUCUGGCGACGGGAAGGAAAAGCCUAUUGGAGUGGUAUUGCGCAGGGAUGUCCGGCGACUUGUAGUCCUGUUGCCUGUGGAGGAGCAGGAAAAUUAAAACUCUUUAGGGUCUAUAUUCGCCUUGAAGUUCUCCAACCUUUCUGUUCAAGAACAAAAAGGUUGAGUGGGAGGUGUUGCGAUGAACGUCAUUCCAGCAAGUGGUUACGUCGUUCACGCAAGUGGUCAUGCGGAACCAAAGUUUACUCACCUGUGUGCACCCGAGGGGAAGGCAUUAACGGACGCACCUGCUCUUUAUUUUGGAUAAAGUCGGCAAAACGCAUUGGCAGCGCGACAAGCAAAGGGUCAAAUCUACACCAAGUGCUUCUGGAACUGUGCUGUGAUUGUGUACUGAAAAGUAGACUCUGAACGGACAGCCGGUUUUUCACCUGUAAAUGCCUGGCUUGAGGAAAGCGAAGAUAAAAUAAAAAGGGAUAAAGAGUCCAAAAAGAAGGCCUGGUUAUUCUGAGUGAAAUCCAGUUAUAUGUUCAGUUUUGGUACAUCCCUAUCAAGUGAGGGGUAAA